CACAUGUGGAAGCCAGCUUCAGUAUAAAACAGACGAGGGCUGGCAAGCUCGAGCCCAUCAUCUCUCGAAAGGCCAGCGAGUUUAAGCCCGCGUCGCCAAUAUGCAGUUAUUGUCUCUGAUUCAGUGGGUCGUUCUAGCUAGCGCGGUGGCCGCGCACCCGGGUGGCCAUGGACAUAUGAGCAAGCGCGAGCUCCAAACUCGCCAGCACGCCGCGCAUCUGCGAUCCUUGCAAGCCCGCAAGUGCGCUUCUGCCAUCGCCGACUUCACCGCAAAGCGCAAGGCCAAGCGUGCGCUCUUGAAGAAGAGGGAGAUCAUCUCGUCGACCACGUUGAGCGCGCAAAACCCGCACUUUACGACCAUUCAGAAUAACACCUGCGUGACGGCUCCGGAGGUGACCGAGGGACCCUACUACAUCAACAACGAGCUCGUCCGGACCAAUCUCACCGAGGACCAAGCUGGCGUCCCCUUCGUCAUGGACAUUGGUGUCUUGGAUGUGAACACGUGCGAGCCUUUGGGCAACGCGUUCGUGGAGAUCUGGCACGCCAACGCUACCGGCGUCUACUCGGGCUACUCUGCGACCCUCGGCGGUGGCCCUGGAGGUGGCGCUCCUCCUUCAGGGUCCGGGAGUGCCAGCGGUGCACCCCCUAGUACUGCUUCAUCGUCUGACUCUGCCGUACCAUCUGCCAUUCCGAGCGGUGGACCCGGCGGCGGAGGAGGAGGAGGCUUCGGCUCCGCGGCGUACGAGAGGAACGAGACGUUCUGCCGCGGCGGCUACACCACCAGCGACGCCGGCGUUGUGGAGCUGAUCUCUGUCUACCCCGGUUUCUACGAAGGCCGUGCGCCCCAUGUGCACACCAUGGUCCACACCGACUGGGAGAUCUCUGACAACGGGACCCUCGUUUCGCAUGGCGGUAAUGUAGUGCACAUCGGCCAGUUCUUCAUGGACGAAAGCUGGAAUGACCAGGUAUUCGCGCUCUCGCCGUACACCCUCAACACGAACGACCGGACCUUGAACUCCGAGGACAGCAUCCUCGACCAGGAGAACGCCGAUGGCAACAACGCCUUCUUUGAUCUCGAGUUGCUCGGCGAAGACAUCUCUGAGGGAGUGCUCGGUUAUAUCACCAUGGGCGUGAAUUCGUCGGCCUCGUACACGAUCUCCAACACGAACUACUUCAACUCCACCGAUGCGACUACGACUGCUGUGUCCAAGCGCAUUGUGCACGGCGAUGUAGUGGCUGAGUUGUGACAAGCGCAAGAGGUCUGUCUUUCAGAAAGGAGGGCCGCAUGACGUGUAGUAUCGCUGUUUGUGGAGUUUUCACUACGUCGUCGGACACGAUAGUAUGUUGCAGUUUGAGUUUAUUGUCGGGGUAUAUGGCAAGCGACAUGCCCUUAAGUAUAUUCUGACGGGCACCGGCUUCGAUGUUUCUACAUGGACCGCAAGUAAUCCUCCGAUGGGGGCGAAAUGUGCCACUUCGAAGCACCUGGUUCCGUCCUAAAUACAGCGUCCCUUCCCAGACACACCUGAGAAAACAAUCAGCCAUCGUCCUGGCUAUCGAGC